GUAUUAUAUAAAGUUAGAUUAAUUGGACGAACAAUACAACAUUAGAACAAGAAAUAGUGCAGUAGUUGUUGUUUUUUAUGUCCCAUGUUGCAGUUGUAACAUAAAACACAACAAAGAGUAACACAACUGCAACAUGGGUCAUGGUGGAGGAGAAGCUGAAGAAGGAAGAGAUUUGCAAUUUACACCUACAUGGGUUGUUGCUCUUGUUUGCACUGUCAUCGUCGCUGUUUCAUUCGCGGUGGAACGUUCUCUUCAUUAUCUUGGCAAGGUUCUUAAGAAGAAAAAUCAGAAACCACUCUUUGAAGCCUUACAAAAAAUCAAAGAAGAGUUGAUGAUUUUGGGUUUUAUUUCACUGUUUCUAACGGUAACACAAAAUGGGAUGAUAAAAAUUUGUGUUCCGGUAGAAUGGACUAUUCAUAUGCUUCCUUGUAGUAUUAAUGGGGACGAUGAAGUCAAAGAAACAAAAUUACCAUCCAAGUCACAUUUUCAGACUUUUUUCUCUUCCAAGGAUGUUUUUGGCACUGCUAAGCGCCUUCUAGGUGACGAUCACGAUCAUUCGUCCAAAGAUGAAGAAAUUGGAUACUGUACUGCCAAGGGAAAGGUGCCUCUAUUAUCUGUGGAAGCAUUGCAUAAACUGCAUAUCUUUAUUUUUGUUCUAGCUGUUGUUCAUGUGACUUCAUGUGUUUUGACUAUUGUUUUUGGAGGAUUAAAUAUUCGUCGGUGGAAGCGCUGGGAAGACUCAAUUGUUGCAGAUGAAAACAAUCAAUCACAAACCCCCGAACGGACGGAUACGGUGACUCAUGUUCAUCAACACGCUUUUAUCAAGGAUCAUUUUACUGGUUUUGGCAAAGAUUCUGCCAUAAUGGGGUGGUUGAAAUCAUUUUUCAAGCAAUUUUAUGGAUCUGUGACAAAGUUGGACUAUGUGACAUUAAGGCUUGGUUUCAUUAAGACUCAUUGUAGGGGAAAUCCGAAGUUUAAUUUUCACAAGUACAUGAACCGUGCGCUUGAAGAUGAUUUCAAGAAAGUUGUCGGUAUUAGUUGGUAUCUUUGGAUCUUUGUGGUCAUAUUUUUGUUGCUUAAUGUCAAUGGUUGGCACACAUAUUUUUGGAUUGCUUUCAUUCCUGUCAUUCUUCUUCUUGCUGUGGGAACAAAGCUUGAACAUGUAAUAAUUCAAUUAGCACAUGAAGUAGCUGAAAAGCAUUCAGCCAUACAAGGUGAAUUAAUUGUUCAACCAUCCGAUGAUCACUUCUGGUUUCAUCGUCCUCGCAUUGUCCUCUUCUUGAUUCAUUUGAUCCUUUUCCAAAAUUCUUUUGAGAUAGCAUUCUUUUUUUGGAUAUGGAUACAAUAUGGCUUUAACUCAUGUAUAAUGGGACAAGUCAAGUUCAUUUAUCCAAGGCUUGUUAUGGGGGUAUUUAUUCAAGUGCUAUGUAGUUAUAGUACCCUACCAUUGUAUGCAAUUGUUACACAGAUGGGAACUCACUUUAAGAGAUCCAUAUUCGACGAUCAAGUACAAACACGACUUAUUGGUUGGGCACAAAAGGCAAAGAAGAAAGGAUUAAGAGGUGAUAGCAACCAUUCUGUCCAGGGAAGUUCUCAUAAUGGUGGAAGUACUAACAUUCAGCUAGGGUCGAUGUUCAGAAGAGGACCUGCCCCAGAAAACAAUGCCUUUGUCCCUAAAAAUGAUGAGUCUGUUUGAACAUGUAGUCAUGUAACAAAAAUGUUUAUAGGGAAAAGAUUAAAUGAUGGGGACAUAUCAAGAAAACAAAUUUUGUUUGAAUCAAUAGAGUUAUAUGCAAUUGUCAGCUCUCAA